CGCUGACGUCCUGUCAGCUGAACUGUAUUGUCGUGAUCUCUCGCGAUGACUCACACUUCUCGCACCUUAUGGCUCUGCUAAUCUAUAAACGGAGAGUAGCGGCUUGAGUUCGGCUGGUGGUUGUGGUGGGCCGCAAGAAGCACAAACAAGGUUGUUGGAAACCCUGAACACCAGUCAUGUCAGAGUUGAGAGGGAAGGUCCAGACCGUGCUGGGUCUGGUGGAUCCAGAUCAGCUGGGCCGCACCAUGACCCACGAGCACCUGACCAUGACCUUUGAGUGCUGUUACUUCCCUCCUCCCCCAGGCGAUGAGGAGGUGGCAGAGAACCCGUUCCAGAUGCAGCACAUGCACUGGCUGAGACAGAACCCCUACAGCUGUCACGAGAACCUGCUGCUGCAGCAGGAGACUGGCGCCGUGCGGGACGAGCUGCUGGCCUACAGGAAGGCUGGCGGGGGCACCAUAGUGGAAAACACCACCACGGGCAUAGACCGGAACCUGCCCACCCUCAAGCAGUUAGCAAAGGACACGGGGGUCCACGUCGUUGCAGGAGCAGGGUACUAUGUGGACUCCACCCACACUGAGGCCACCAAGAGAAUGAGUGUGGAGAAGCUCACAGACAUCAUCAUCAGCGAGGUGCUUCACGGCGCAGACGGGACAGACAUCCGCUGUGGCGUGAUCGGAGAGAUCGGCACCAGCUGGCCCAUCACGGAGAGUGAAACGAAGGUGCUGAGGGCCACAGCUCAUGCUCAGACCCAGCUUGGCUGCCCUGUCAUCAUCCAUCCCGGUAGGAAUCCCGCUGCUCCGGCUGAAAUCAUCAGGAUUCUUCAGGAGGCCGGGGGUGACAUCAGCAAAACUGUCAUGUCACACCUGGACAGGACUAUAUUUGAUGAUGGUGAACUGCUUGAGUUUGCGAAGCUGGGGAGUUAUCUGGAGUAUGACCUGUUUGGAACAGAGAUGCUGAACUACCCGUACAACCUGGAGGUGGACAUGCCCAGUGACAGCCAGAGAGUGAAGACCUUGGCGUUCCUCGUGAAGGAGGGCUACGACGACAAGAUAGUGGUUGCACACGACAUCCACACCAAGAACCGUCUCACCAAGUACGGCGGCCACGGCUACUCUCACAUCCUGCAGAACAUUGUGCCGAAGAUGCUGAUUAGGGGCAUCUCGCAGAACCAGGUGGAUAAGAUCCUCAUUGACAACCCAAAAUGCUGGCUGACCUUUAAAUAAUGCAAAAAGAACAUUUUGAUGUAGCAAUUUUUUUAUCGGCAGAUAACAACUAAUCACUCCACAAUGAAUACUUUGAGAUUCUUUGCAAUAAUCACAUUUCCCGCUCAUUUAUUAAUUUGUUUUUGGACCUUCAAA